AUGUCCAAGGUUCUCAGAGGCGUAAAAAAUGUCACCAAGGGGUAUUCAGGUGUCCAGAUCAAAGUGCGCGAGGCGACGAGCAACGACCCAUGGGGCCCAACGGGCACUCAGAUGAGCGAGAUCGCCCAGCUCACUUACAACUCGUCAACCGAAUUCUACGAGAUUAUGGACAUGCUAGACAAGAGGUUGAACGACAAAGGCAAGAAUUGGAGGCACGUUUUGAAGGCACUCAAGGUCCUCGAUUACUGCCUGCACGAGGGCUCCGAGCUGGUUGUCACAUGGGCAAAGCAGAACAUUUACAUUAUCAAGACCCUUCGCGAAUUCAUGUACACCGAUGAGGAGGGCAGAGAUGUCGGUCAAAACAUUCGUGUGGCAGCAAAGGAACUGACGUCCUUGCUACUGGAUGAGGAGCGCCUGCGCGCUGAGCGCAGCGAUCGCCGGACGUGGAAGUCCCGCGUCACAGGCCUCGAAGAAUACGGCUCGCAGCCCCACGACACACCGCGCCGACGUGAAAGAGGCCCACGCCCAAUGACCGAGGAGGAGGACGCCGAGUACAAACUAGCUCUAGAGGCCAGCAAAUACCAGGAGGAAGAGGACAGAAGGAGACGUGAGGGGAGGCCAGGCCAGGACACAGAGGACGACGACCUUGCGAAGGCUAUCAAAUUGAGCAAGGAGGAGGAAGAGGCGCGCAGACGAGCCUUGGAAGAGCAGAACGCCCAGUCGCUGUUUGACGAUACCCCCACGCAGACUCAACCCCAGCAGACUGGAUGGAACCAAGGGUACCAGCAGGGCAGCGGCGUGGACUUUUUCGGAAACCCUAUCGAUCAGAGCCAGCUGCAGCCCCAGCCCACAGGUUUCAUGCCGAAUGCGUAUACUGGUUUCCAGACACAGCCCACUGGGUACCAGAACGGCUUCGCGAACGGCUUCGGCCAGCCUCAACAAACCGGGUUCGACGCCUUUGGCCAACAGCAGCAGUUCCAGCCACAACCUACCGGCUACAACCCAUACGCGCAGCAGCAGCAGCUCCAGCCACAGCAGUCGGAGUCGCCCUUGCAAGCAGGGAGCAACAACCCUUGGGCCACGAACAACCAGAACACCGGCCUAUCCUCGAUGGCGCCGAUGAAGACAGGCUCCAACAACCCAUUUGCGCAGCAGUCACCUUCACCGUUCAACAGGCCCGGGCCGUCAAAGAUGCCAUCAAUGUCGGUCUUGAACGCACUCCCAGAGCAAAAGACGCUGUCCGCGUUCAACCAGCCCCAGCCUCAGGCCACUUCUUUCACCCCGCCGCCAAAGAUGCCCCAGGCACCGUCGAAACCGAUCAGCGAGCACGAGGCGAGGCUCAACGCGCUCCUCUCCAGUGGCGAAGGUCAGGACACUUUCGGCAACACUGGCGAGACCAGGAUACCGGCGCAGCACACAGCGCCAGGGACGUUCGUCAACAGCGCGGGAGCAGGCGCCAACAAGCUCACGGCCGAGGCGACCGGCAACAACCCGUUCCUCCGGCAGCAGUUCACGGGUAUGCCGACCAUUUCGUACGGGGCUACGGGCCCGGGCGGCAUGAACGGCGGAUUUGGCGGACAGGGCUCGAGCAACCCGUUCGGGGCGAGGCCGCAGCAGCAGGGGGCUAACCAGGGGGAUCUGAUCCAGUUCUGA